CAUGUACCCCGACUUUUUUUCCCCCGCAAAACGAAGGAUCGUCCAUUGAGAAUACCAGAUUCAUGACCGGGUCCAUGGAUUUCAAUUGCCGCAUGACGUGCUGGCCGAAGUUCCGUUGCCGGCGGCGCCCAUAAACGUCUGCGCAGGUAAUCUCGAUGAUGACGCUAUCGGACGACCAAGAUGGUACCUUCAAUCAACCGCUCGCUCUUCCUCGGGGCUCUCGUAGCCUCAUUGAAGGCAGAGGCUGCUCACAUCCCCUCUUCCUCCAAGCCAAUCGCCAUAUGCAAAGCAGCUCCCAACACGGCUGGCAUUCCUCUGGACUCUUUUGUCUCAUUCUCUUUCGAGUUUUCAUCAUGGCCCGAUUUCGCUGGCAAUUUGUCGCACCCGAACGCGUUCACAUACAAUCUCAUGAGCAACCUGGGCAAACUCCAAGGUUCAUUGCCAAUCGCUCGAGUGGGCGGCAAUACACAGGAUAUCGCCAUCUUCGAUGAAUCGCAAAAGACUGGCCUCAUCGGCAUCAUCCGGCCAAACGUCUCAGCCGACUACCCGACCAUCAUCACCAUUGGCCCGUCCUAUUUCGAGUCUUAUAAGACAAUGCCCAAGGGCACCAAGUUUGUCCACGGCUUCAAUAUGGGUGCCAACUCUAGCGCUGCAAGAGCCGCGACUUGGGCAUCUGUAUCGUAUGCCUGCAAAGCGAUAGGAAGCGACCUUUUAUUUUGGGAAUACGGCAACGAGCCUGAUCUCUUCCAUGCUUCUGGCUAUCGACCUGACAACUGGACCGAAGCCGACUACGUAUCUGAAUGGCUAAACGGCACCACUGCCAUCGAAGAGGCGACCAAGGCAGCCUGCCCAGAUCUUGCGGGAACUAAGUUUAUGGCACCGAGUUUCGCAGGCGUCGCGCGCAAUGACUACUUCACUUUAGAUCCAGUGGAAGUGUUCAGACAAGGUCUGGACGAGAAGCACAACAUUGGCUUAAUUUCAUCCCACAACUACAUGGGUGUUUCCACGAACCCUGGCAUUACCUUGCAAGGCACAUUGAUGAAUCACAGUAGCGUGGUAGAUAAGGCAAACGCUCAGCUCAAUGUUUCAAGAGGUAUCAAGGAGCUGGGAGAAGCGCUCGACCCCAACCUCCCAUUCAUCAUGGGCGAGCACAACUCGCUCGCCCGCCAAGGACGACCGGGCCUGAGCAACAGCUUCGGUGCUGCCCUGUGGGGUGUGGACUGGAACGUCUAUCUUGCAUCGCAAAACCUUUCUCGCUCUCACAUGCACCAAGGCACCAACUACCGGUACCAAUCCUGGCAACCGAUCGAAACCAACAUCACAACCCGUGGCACCAAACCCCCUUACUACGGCAACCUUGCCGUUGCAGCCUUCAUGCACAAGCCCUCGCCCUCGUCUCGCCUGCACAUCUCAAGCCUCGCCUCCUCGUCCAUAUACUCGACCCAAUACGCUGCUCACGUUGACGACACGCUUGCCCGCCUGCUUCUCGUCGAUUUACACACGUACAACACCACCGCAGACAACAACUACACCGACGCUUUCCCCCGGCCCUCCGAGACGUAUACAUUCCAGCUACCGCAGGAGUGCAAAGGCGAAGCCCACGUGCAGAGGCUGUUGGCGAAUGGAAGUGAUGCCAUUUCUGGUAUCACGUGGGAUGGGUACAGCUAUAAUUAUGAGCUUGAUGAGGGGAAGCCUGUUCGCUUGGGUAAUGUGACGUGUGGGGAGAGUGUAAAGGUUGAUGGGAAGGGUUUGGUGAGCGUAGAGGUGCCUUGGAGUAGUGCGGCGAUUGUUAGUGUGGACUGCUGAGAAUUUCUUGGCUACGAGGUUCGAUAGGGAGGUGAAGACUACUAGCGCAUGUGUGCUGGUUGUUUUUUCUUCUAAUAAUGUAGCUUUCCAUGAAAGGUUGAACAAUCUUGAGGACUACAUCUACACGUGGUGUUAGCUUUCGCGGUUGAAGUGUGCAAGGAUUUUACAACUACACUAGGAAGCGCCAGUUUGCGUGAGAAAUCUCUCCAUGUUAACUCUCAUCAGCGCCGAAUACUGUUCUUGGCGUCACCGGUGAAUAUUACCAUUGGAAAUCCUCUACCCAUCGCAUAUACCCGGAUAAACCUCUGGUAUAGGAAGGUGGAAGUUGUGACGACCCGAGUGUGUUGACAUGGAACCUUAACAUUGCCAAACAAGCAUGGUGCAACCCUGGCUCCGAACUGGAAACUCUCGUUAGAUAACUGAUUGGCUCGGAAGUUGAAGUUGACGUUGAGGUGGCCGAGAUCCAAAUGCGACGGUC